AUGGAUUACGAAAUCCCAAACACAACAAAUUUACCACAUCUUAAGACCUACAACACAACCACAAAUCCUGAUAGCCACAUCGACACAUACGAGUGGACGAUGACCACACUCAAGCAGGACGAGCGAUUUUGGUGUACGUACUUCCCAAAAACCCUAUAUGUCAACACAGGAAUGUGGUUCAAGACGUUGCAACCAGGGACAAUUUAUAACUUCGGGCAGUUAAAAUACUUAUUCCUAAUGAAUUUCAUGCUGCUGCGUAAAUACAAGGGUGAUUCGCAGUCAAUCAUUGGCUGCAUACAGAAGAAAGGAGAGACAGUAAGAGAAUACUUCACCAAGUUUAUCAACACCACACUAGACAUCCCAGGUCACGAAGAAGGCUUAAUAAUAGGCGCCUUCACAUGGGGCCUCCUGCCAGGACCGCUUUCUCAAAAGCUCAUGGGAAAAAGCCACAAACACGGGCAGAGCUAG